AUGUCUAACGGCAGAGACCUUGAGGAUCUCAAUGAAGAGGACAUUGAUGAGGAUGAAAUCCUUGCAAUGCUUUCGCCUGAGGAGCUUAAGGAGCUUCAGAGUGAGAUGGAUGUUAUUAUUGCACCAGACGAGAGUGUACCAGUAGGACAGAGACAGAAGGACCAGACAGAAAAACCUCCAACGGGGACGUUUGACCACAGAUCCCUAGUUGAUUACCUCUACUGGGAGAAAGAGUCUAAACGUAUGCUCGAGGAAGAAAGAGUGCCUGCUACUCUCCUGCCCAGUGAGAAAACCUUGAGGGAGGAAUCUGAAAAGAAAGAAAAAGAAGAAAACACAGGAUGUGGCAAAUAUGAGGUGUAUGAAGUGAUAGAGGAAGUCAUUGAAGAAGAAGCUGCAGAUUGUGAAAAUGGAGAGGAAAUUAUAGAGGAGAUUAUUGAGGAAAUUGUUGAAGAAGUUGAUGAGAGGGAUGUAAAGGACAAAAUAAUAGAUGUGGGAAAAGAGAAAGAGACGAAGCAACUUGCUGAAGUCCAACCUGAAAAUGCAGGUGAACACGCAGAGCCUCUGGAUAUCACAGAAAAUGCACCAGGAAAAAAUACAACUGACAGUCAGCCUUUUUCAGGCACAAAGGAGACUACUGAGACCUUAGCUCUGAAACACAACACUGAAGAUAAAGAAGGAAAUAAAAGUACAAAAUGUUUGCCUCCCCAAGAGGCUCCAGAGGAGCCAGAAACAGUCGAGCCCAAUGAAAAGCUUCCAGAGAAAGAAGAGAGAAAAAUAGGUAAACUGAAAAUUCCGAAGCUUUCACUCAAUAAUAUAAAAAUUACAUCAAGACCUUCAGGAAAUGAUACAAACUUGGAGUCGACACUUGAUAAGAUCCGCAAAAACAACCCCUCUAUCACUGAGGUAAACCUCAACAAUAUAGAAAACAUUCCCAAAGAGAUGCUCGUGGACUAUGUCAACGCCCUGAAGAAGAAUAAAUAUGUUAAAACAUUCAGUUUAGCCAACACUGGUGUCGAUGAAAAUAUUGCUUUCAAUCUAGCCAACAUGCUACGAGAGAAUCGCAGCAUUACGACUUUAAACAUUGAGUCGAACUUCAUAACUGGAAAAGGCAUCGUUGCCAUCAUUCGCUGCCUCCAGUUCAAUGAGACUCUCACAGAGCUGCGUUUUCACAACCAGAGGCAUAUGCUAGGUCAUCACGCAGAGAUGGAAAUCUCUCGCUUGCUCAAGGCCAACAACACCCUUCUGAAGAUGGGCUACCACUUUGAACAGCCAGGGCCCAGGAUGGUAGUGACCAACAUUUUAACAAGGAAUCUGGACCGACAGAGGCAGCUGAGGAAGGAAGAGCAGAGGCAGCAACAGCUAAAGCAGCAGAGGGAGCUGAUGCAGAUGUAUGAGAGCAGUCUCAAUCUGCCUCCUGGUUUACUUGAGAUGCUGGGAUACAUACCACCCAUAGAAUUCCUACAGGAGCAUGGACUUGUCCCACCCUCAUCAGAGCUGAAUGCUGUUGUGCAAACACAACACCAGACAGAACAACCAGAGCCCCAGAAGAAGAUCAAACACAAAAGCAUUCCCAAACAACCCAGUGAUGAACCAGCAAACCCAUUAAAGGAUGUCCAGCUGAGGAGAACUCCAAAAAAACGUGAUCCUUUAUUUGAGCUGGACCCAAGAGAUGAUAGAAGAUCAGAGAGGGCAAGCUUUCAACUGAGGAAGACUCCCAAAGUGAAGGAUACAGGCAGUGCAGGGAAGGAGGAUGAAACGGCCAACCUGACUGACGUGAUCAAGUCUUUAAAACCUGUCCCUCGCAGACGAUUACCUCCAAAGGUUGACCUCACACCUCGUGAUCAGCUCCUAAAUGAUAUCAAAAAAAGCAACGUGGCUUAUCUCAAAUCUGUGCCUCUCCCUAAAGCCCUGGAAUCAAGUGAAACGAGUCUCCUGUAAGGCGCUGCUGUUUCUUCA